AAUUACUACAGGGCCCUCUUUGACUGUCUUGGGAAAAUGGAGAGAGAGAGAGAGAGAGGUAAGUAGAUGCACGGAAUCCCAUCGUCCGUCGUCCGUUCCAUGGAACUCUCAAUAGUAUAAUAGUAGUAGUAUCUAGAAUAAACAAGGUAUUGCAUGGCAUGGCAUGGCAUGCAUGUAUGCUUGUAUGCUUGUAGGUAUCCCAUCCAUCCAUCCACUAAUUACUACAGUACUAACACCAAGCAACACCGUCCACCUGCCCACUCUCUCCCUCUCUCUCUCCAACACACCCACCCUCCGAAAUCUCUCCCAAACAGCACCAAUCUCCCUCUCUCGCCCUCUCUCCCAUAACCCAGUCCCACACUACACUAAAAACCCAGCACAAAAGCCACACUCACUUACUCACUCACUCCUUGCUUGCAGUCUUGUACUCUUGCAGUCUUGCAGUCUCGCAGUCUUGCAGUCUCGCACCUCGGUCCAUCCCCACAGUCCCCCCAAAUCCUCCUCCUAAUAAAAAAACAACCCAUUCCACCACCCUGAUUGGUCAGACCCAGCCACCUUCAUUCCCCCAGCCCAGCAAGCAUCCAAUCUCUCUACAUAAUCUCUCUUCCCAAUCUCAAAUCUCCACUCAAAUCCCAAAUCC